GUUUAAUGUUUACCAAAUUGUUCCAGACCCCGUAAGCGGCGUCUAUACGUUGCUGAGACCUCAGUUGUUAUGUUUUGUUAAGCGUUCGUUCGUGACUUGUGUGUCGAGGUAACGGGGGAGGCUUUAGUGGGAACUGGGAAGCAAACAAGCUGCAGAAAAAGGGGACUGCGUCCAACAAGUUUGCAUCUGCGCCUGCAAACACUUGUUGCUCGUCGCUCACUGGCUGCAGCGAGUAGUUCCGAAACUCAAGUCAGGCUAAUUGUAUUAUGAGUGUUUUCUCCCGGCAGGUAACUAUUUCGUGAUAAGUGCUCGUGUGAAACGUGCUGACAAAGGAGUGUGUCGAACGAAACUUAGAACAAGGCGCCAGUUUCUUGUAAGUUAUCUACACUAUGCGUCGAGACUGAUCUGCAAGAAGACAACGCCAAGUCAACACUGCGUCCUCAACGUCCACGUCAAGAGAUGCUUGUUUAGCGUACUCACGAUGACGACAAGCUCUGCCCCAGUGACGGGACCGCUGGGUUGCACCGGGGAGGUGGAGGGGCUGAAGACGCACAUCUCGACGGCUUUUGGUGGGGUGCUGCACCGAGCUGCCAGUAACCAGCUCGAGAGGGGACUCGACCCAGGUGGGUCGACCCGCCUCGCCGGCCUCGAACGACUGACGCCGGGCCAGCUGCGGGAGCGGACGGCACGACAUCCCGUAUCCACCCCCGCACCCGAGGUGUCGCCGAAAGGCCGAGGGCGACACGCGUACGACUCGGAGCCGGGCAGACGGGCGCGGCAGGAGCCGACGUCGAAACGGCCCCGCUCGUACCUGGCUCUACUUCGCGCGGCCGUGGCCGCCGUCACGAAGUCCGACUCUUGUCGCUACACCUGUUUCUACUGCGAGAGCCGGUUCAAAUACAUGGGAACUCGGAGCACACACAUGGAGCGUGUGCACAAGAACCAGAUCACCUCAUCCAAGUCGAAGCGGAGCUCAGAGCAGGCAGAACUGGGGCAUUACCCAGAUGGUGCGUCCACCGGUGAAGACUCUCACCACAAGUCAGUGCCUUCAGUGGCACGGUCUCGGACGUCGGAGUACCCCGGCAUAUCUGAUGGCCGGCAGAAGACGUCCAGAGCGGGAGUGGCGGGUGUCGGCCGUGGCUCAUUCGAGGCCUCGGAGCCGGGCACGUCCGCCGAGUCACCGCGUGAGCCAGCCCGGCCGCACCGCGCCGAACUGCUGGCGGGGAAGGACGCGCUGGCGGCGCACGGCACAGAGGACCACCCGGCCAGCGUAGCGACGACCAGUUCGGACACGCCUACGGAACAGAUGGACUGCAGUGACGAGGCGGAGGGGCUGAAGACGCACAUCUUGACGGCUUUUGGUGGGCUGCUGGACCGAGCCCUCAGCAGUCACCUCGAGAGGGGACUCAGCCCAGGAAAAUUACUCUACGCCACGACGCCCGACGCGGAGACCGUAAAGCGGAAAGCGAUGGCGGCCCUGCACGAACUGGCCGUGCAGCGCUGCAGGUGCUGCAGGGGAUCGCAGUCGCAGGCCGACCAGGAGACGCGGUUCCCGCAGGUGCCGGCAUCCGGCAGAGAGUCGGCUGCCGGGGUGGAAGAGGGGGCCGCCUCCGGCUCGCCACCGGUGGAAACUGACCAACUCACACCUCCAAAGUGGGAGAUCCAGCAAGUGUGCGUUAAAGAAGAAACUCCGUUUCUGCACGAGUGCAAGAUGCCUGAUGACUUUGAUACCCCACAGGAUCCACCAAGCAUCGAGGAAGAGGUUCUUGAAGAUCCAGCAGCAGACUCAGGGUUCAGUGUGUUUAUUAAAGAGGAUCCAGACUUAGAUUUAGGUGUGGAUGCAACUGACAAUAAAGAGGCAGCCACAAGAGGAUACACUUCAGAUAUUACAUGCACUGGCCCAGCUGUCCCUGACGCGUCCCACCUCGGCAGUGGCUACUGCGAGGAGGACGCCCCCGCAGAUGACGUGACGACGACAUUGACAGGUGGUGCCGGUACUCUGACCUCUGCAGCUGUCGUCACAGCCGACAGUAGUGGCUGUGGUACUGAGAGCGACAGCAGGGGAACCACCGCUAGCAGUGCUGCCAAUGCGACAGGCGACGAGCUGCUCCUCACUGGCGGUGGCUCUGCCAGUACUGCCAACACUAAGCCACCAUUCUCCUACAGGAUGCUCAUAGCUAUGGCAAUAAUACAGUCACCGCACAGGAGACUGACGCUGUGGGAAAUCUUCACGUACCUCGUGAGCAGCUUCCCCUACUUCAGACGCCACAAGAAGGUCUGGCAGAAUUCGGUACGCUGCUGCCUGUGGUCUUACAAGUGCUUCGUCAAAGUGCGAGGGGAGCGUGGCGACGACAGUGGCAGAUACUGCAGCUACUGGACGCUCGACCCGCAGUGCGAGGAGAUGUUCGAGAAUGGGAAAUUCUGCUGCCGGCACGUGAAGAGACCGACCUGCAGGGGUCUCGAGGUGGCGGUGCCCGCGCGCCGAGUUCAUUCGCACCUCAGCCGCCGCGAACACCACCGCCGGCAACACGAUACACCCUACACGGGCCCGGCGGAAUACCGGCAGCUGCCGGAGACUGGAGACGGCACUGCUGUAAGCGGCGCCGAGAUGCGACUGUCCUCUCCGCUCUACAUCAGCACCGCCACCUCGACCUCGGCCGGCUCGUCGGUCUCCGAGGUGGGCAGCACCGGACGCGCCGCCCUCGAAUCGUCACACUCUGGCCGAGGCCGACGGGACUGUGACACCCGGACGUGGGACGAGACGAAACUGGCAGAAGCCGCCACUGUUUCGAUCUCUGCGUCUGGCCACACUGCCGUCGGUGACGGCUGUGGGGGAACCGCCACAGGCAGUGGUACCGGUGGGGUGGACGAAGAGCGGCUCUCCGGCGAUGCCGGCUCGGCCCGUACUGUCGACACGAAGCCGCCAAUCUGCUACGCGAAGCUCAUCGCUAUGGCCAUAGCGGAUUCACCGCAGAGGAGGGCGACGGUGACUGAGAUUUACGCCUACAUCGUGAGCCACUUCCCCUACUACGAGCGCAACAAGAAGGUCUGGCAAAAAUCGAUCCGCAACAUCCUGUCGCUUGGCAGGUACUUCGUCAAAGUGGCGCGGGAGGAUGGCGACCGCAAGGGCAAAUGCUGCUGCUUCUGGAUGCUCAAUUGGAAAUACAAGGACAGGUUCGCGAGUACCAACUUCCGCUGGAAACAGUCCCCGAAGCGGCCACUCCACAGGGGCCCGAAGGCGAUCACGGCACCUUUAGCGCCCUGCGACAAAACUGUCACCGCGCUGCACUGCACCAGCACUGCCACCCCAACCUCCACAACCGUGUCAGUCUCCGGUGUUGGGAGCCCUGGAAAGGACACACACAAUUCGUUCCACCCUCGCAGUGACCGCAGUUGGGACUUCUCGGCAUCAGGCGCAACACCAUCUGUGAGCUACACUCCAGCUGCAACUGUAACCAUGACCGGUGGCGGAGACGACUGUACCAACAGUGGGGGAACCGCCGUGUGCAGUGCUGCCGGCGGAGCAACCGAAGAGGAGCGCCGUGGCGAUGCUGGCUCGGCCCGUACUGCCAACACGAAGCCACCAUUCUGCUAUGUGAUGCUUGCUGCUAUGGCCAUAGCACAUUCACCACACAGGAGGGCGACGCAGUCGGAGAUCUGCACCUACAUCGAGAACCGUUUCCCCUACUUCGGUCGCAAGAAGAAGGUCUGGCGGAGCUCGGUCCGGGCGUACCUGUCGCUCGGCAAGUACUUCGUCAGAGUGCCGCGGGAGGACGGCGAUCACAGAGAGCACUACUGGACACUCGGCCCGCAGUACGAGGACGUUUUCAACUACGGCAGCUUCCGAGACUACCCGUGCGUGAAGCGGACGUUCUGCAGGCAGUGUGAGAAGCAGCCGUUUCUCGGGCCCUGGGAGCGGUGACGGCUGUGAGAGAGCCCGGCGGCACCGCCAGCGCCACCUUCAGAUCGCGCAGCGCAGUCCCACCGUGUCGGAGCGCCUCGAGCUGCCGACAGGUCGCAGUGCGGUCCCACACUACUCCGGACUGCCGUCACCGCCUGCCCGUACUGUGCCAGGUCUACCCAAAUUUCUGAUGGGUACAACAGUGCUCCAUUUGAAGAAAGUAAUCAUGAUGUGCUGAUGGAGCAGGAGGAGAAAACACAGUUCAUCACUUGUAGUCUUCCAACACAAGAAAUUGUGUCACAAGAGAAUAGUUUGUUCUGCAGUGCUGGCUGGUAGUGUGGGUGCGAUGGACCGGGACUUUUCUGUCUUGACCUGCAGUUCGUGCAUACAGAGCUUUACAUUAAAAUACAGCCUCAUAAUGCAUGUGUUUAUUCAUAUUGAUACUGUAGAACCACAAUAUAGAUACUGUGGUGAAGUGUGUCUCACUGAUUUCGUGCUGAAUAAGCAUUUGAAUAUGAAAUACAGUGACGUGACCCUGCAUGCUCAUUUGGUGACAAUAGGAAGGUGUGUAUUUAAUUUCUUAUUUACACAUCAGGUUCCGUAGAACCAAAAUGAGGAGCAAGUCUCCAAGGUCAUGGAUCGUGUCAGUACGUGUACAGUGUAGUUUCAGUGAUUUGUGCAAAGACGUAUUCAGUUCAAAAGAUCACGUGCCUGUUUCUUUCAGUGGUAACAAUUCAUAUAAAGAAGUCACAGACAUUGAUCACAUAUCGCAGGGACAUUGUCGUUGACCCAGUAACUACCCUCUGCCAAAAUAAAUGCACAUGUGAAGCCAUACAAAUGAACUAUUAUGUAGUAAAUACUUUGCUUUUCUUGUUACACCAAGAACUGUGCUAUUGUCUAGAGAUGUCCUUAGGUUAGUUAGUUUUAAGUAGUUCUAAGUUCUAGGGGACUGAUGACCCCACAAGUUAAGUCCCAUAGUGCUCAGAGCCAUUUGAACCAUUUCUUUAGUGUGUCACUGAUGUAAUUAUUGUGGCAAGUUGUUUGGCAGAGCUGCCAAGUUCGAAAUUCCCUUGUCAGUGCAUUCUGGGGUUAAGUCACUCACAUACAGUGUCUGUAGUGAAUUAUUUGAGACCUCUUAAUCGCAAGAGUCACAUGUUGGUGCAGUCUUAAAUCAAGAGAAGUGUAGCUUUACAUGCUGAAAGGUCUCAAUAAUAGUUUAGUGUACAGUAUAUAUUUUUUCCUUUGUUCAUUGUUGGAACAGCAUUGCAAUAUUUGUAAUGGUGUGGUUUGUUGUGUGUAGUGAACCUACUCUUUAUUGCAACAAUAAAUAUACAUAUUUUUAUUUUCAAACA